UUUCCGAUGUUCUAAGUUUAAGUCGUAGUAUUUUCGGAAAGCCAUAUUUACUUUGCUGACCAUCGUGAAUAUUCUAAACAUGUUUGUGUUCACAUUUUUAUCAAGACUUUUGCUAGUUAUAAUAUCUCUUCUAGACCCUGUUGAUGUCCAGCUUGGAUAUUACUACUAUAACAGAGCUUACUACCUGUCCUAUCAAAACUACGUACAAUAUCGUAACUACUUAUAUUACCGGAAUAGAUACUAUACAAACUACAAUAACUACUACAGUUCCAAGAGUGGUAGCAACUCUCCACCGUUGAGAGACAAGUUCAACGUCGGAGUAACAGGUGGACUUAUUGGCGCACUGAUUGGUGCUAUUAUUUUUGUUGUCCUAAUUGCAUGUGUUUGUUACCGUCGAAGACAGAGGGCGCCAUUACUUACAAAACGGUCAAUCUCCGAAACUAAUGUAGCAACAACAGAUGAUAAUACAAACAGUGCGAUACGAUACGAUGCCAAUGCUUCGCAAAGUGAUGUGCACAACGAAACACUUGCUGCAUCUGAUCACGUGACCACCGCUACUGACGGAGAAUUCCAUAAUGACACAAGUGGUGAAAAUUUUGAUCAUGUGACCACCGCUGCUGACGGGGAUUCCCAUAAUGAACCACGUGAUACAUCAAAUCACGCGACUAACGCUUCUGACGUAGAAUUCCACCAUGAAACGGCUGAUACAUCUGAUCAAGAAACAGCAGCUACUGAAAAAAUGGACCACAUUCAACUAAAUGAUGCAACAAAUCAUGCUGUCACAUCAUCUGAUGGUGUGGUUUUGAAUGAAAAAGACAGUGAACUCGAAUAAUGCGACUGAGUCGACACCAAAAUCAGAUGAAACAAAAGAAUACUGAAACCAGAAACAACUGUACACAAUUGUAAUCAAACAAAAAGGAAUAAUGACGAUUUGACGUGCGCCGCUACCUUGGUGAAAAACAAACAAUAUCAAAGGAAAGAAUAAAUGGUUCAAGAUCAUUUUCUUGUCAUACUAUUCUGAACUUUUUAAUUAUGUACAUUGUCAAUCAACGUUUAUUUAAAAUUGAAUGCAUAUAAUGCGUUUAUAUAAAUUAUUGAUAUGUGU